GCGUGCAUUCCCCGCGUUGAUCAUCUGAAGACCCCGGUAACGAUGGCCCACGCUGAUCCUGAUCCUGACUCUGGCCCUGUUCAACAUGUAAGCUUCCGAGAUCCUUCCCAUCGUGGACUUUCUGCUAACCCCAAUCCCAAUCCAUUGAUUUAUGUUCACAAUUUGACUUUGAGGGCUUCAAAGAUGAAGACUUAAUCCAAGUAACAAGCGGAUUCCACUGUCGCUUCUUUCAUUUGGAACUCCUGUAGCUCCUCGGUGGUCGAAGAUGGAGUCCGAUAAGAUUAAAGGGGUCGUCAUAAUCACUCUUCCGCCACCGGACAAUCCGUCGUUGGGUAAAUCCAUCACUGCUUUUACACUCACCGACGACUUCUCGGAAUCUCCCCGCGAAUCCGUUGCCGUUGGUCAAGAAGAACGAGAACCCAACAGCAACCAUUUGACUCUCCCACCGGAUCUUCCGAUUCAGACCCCUUCUAAUCAGCGAAGUAUUCCUUUGUCGAGGGAGCUUUUUGCUGGUACUCCUAGAAAGCUCGUCGUCUUAUUAAGCAUUGCCCUCGUUGCUAUUUAUCUUUAUUCUUCCAGUUUUCCGGAGACCCUUCAGGAACUUCGUAGUUCCGAGAAGAAUGAUGAUGAUCGCCGUACUUCCUUGCUGUUUCCCCUUUAUUUCCAAUCGGAGUUGGGUGACAGCAGUGAUUUCCAGCUUAAGUUGGGCAGGACUAAGGGUCUAAAUAAGGAUGAUCUGAGUGCAGCUUUCAAUGAUGUACUUGGAGUUCCCAAGCCUACCAAAUUGAUUUCUUCCACUUUAAAAUCUGACUCUUCAGCCGUUUUUCCUGUGCGUGGAGAUAUUUAUCCAGAUGGAUUGUAUUAUACUUACAUAAUGGUUGGAGAGCCACCAAGACCUUACUUCCUCGACAUUGAUACUGGGAGCGACUUGACAUGGGUUCAGUGUGACGCUCCUUGCACCAGUUGUGGCAAGGGAAGAAGUCCGUUAUACAAGCCAAAAAGAGAGAACGUUGUAUCUUUCAAGGACUCUUUGUGUAUGGAAGUUCAAAGAAAUUAUAAUGGCGAUCAGUGUGCAACCUGCCAUCAGUGUGACUACGAGAUUCAAUAUGCUGACCAGAGCUCCUCUCUAGGGGUUCUUGUUAAAGAUGAGUUUACCUUAAAGUUCUCCAAUGGAUCGUUGACCAAGUUGAACGCCAUUUUCGGGUGUGCAUAUGAUCAGCAAGGCGUGCUAUUGAACACGUUGUCGAAGACUGAUGGCAUUCUAGGACUAAGCAGGGCUAAAGUUAGUUUACCUUCCCAGUUGGCGAGUCAAGGGAUCAUAAACAAUGUGGUAGGUCACUGUCUUACCGGUGAUCCAGCAAGUGGUGGAUAUAUGUUUCUAGGUGAUGAUUUUGUGCCACAGUGGGGGAUGGCAUGGGUUGCCAUGCUUGACAGCCCUUCCAUAGAUUUUUAUCAAACAAAGGUUGUGAGGAUAGAUUAUGGAAGCAGCCCACUGAGUUUCGAUACUUGGGGUAGCAACCGUGGACGAGUAGUUUUCGAUAGUGGCAGCUCCUACACCUACUUCACAAAAGAAGCAUAUUCUCAGUUGGUUGCAUCUCUUGAAGAACUCUCAGCGUUUGGGCUUAUUGUUCAAGAUUCAUCAGAUAUCAUUUGUUGGAGAACUGAAUCAUCUAUCAGAUCUGUUAAAGAUGUCAAGCGGUUCUUCAAGCCUUUAACGCUUCAGUUCGAGAGCAGAUUUUGGAUUGUGUCCACAAAACUUGAGAUUCCUCCAGAGAAUUAUUUAGUCAUCAAUAAAGAAGGAAAUGUAUGCUUGGGAAUUCUUGAUGGAAGCCAGGUACAUGAUGGGUCCACAACCAUUCUUGGAGACAACGCAUUGCGUGGGAAGUUGGUCGUUUACGACAACGUGAAUAACAGGAUUGGAUGGACUUCAUCCGACUGUCACAAUCCGAGAAGAAUGAAACGCCUCCCACUCUUUUGAUACACUGUCAGUCUACACAUAAACUACGUAGUCGUUGUUACAUGGCAUCCCUAGAUUGUUCUGUCUAUGAAUAUGAAUUGCUCAUUUGUGAAUAAAAUAGUAAGUUUUCCAAAUAACGUCUAUAAGCACUGGACUGCUUAAUUCUUACAUGAUCAACUAUAUGUUAUUCGACUGGUAAACAACUAAAUGCAUAUGGUUUUAUGAAG